AUGUCUUCCUUCAUCACCACCAUGUCGGUCCCCGCUGCCCCUGCCCCCGUUCAUCUUUCUACUCCGAUCCAGCCCGCGUCUCGCUCCCCGCCUGCGCGAUCCCCUUCGCUCAGUCUGAGUCCGUCGGGAAUCUACCAGACCACUCGCACUUCCCAUAUUCCUUCCCUCGAACCUCCAUCAUACUUGUCGCCAGCAGUGCGCGCUCUCAAACAAGGCAUUUAUGGACUAACACCUCCCAGUAAUGCGCGAACGCGAGCCCCCUUCAAGCCCCGCUCUGCCGCCAAGGGCACCAGCAGUUACCAGCUGAGACAGUUCGCCGAGGCCACUCUGGGCAGCGGCAGUCUGCGUAAGGCUGUCAAGUUGCCCGAAGGCGAGGAUUUGAACGAGUGGCUUGCGGUGAAUGGUACAUCUCCCAAAAUUCCUCGACUUGUGGCACAAUAUACUAACUACCCCGGGGCUUGA